AUGACAACUCCUGAAUAUUACCGAUGGUGGAGUAAAAGGAUCAAUGACAACAUCCCUAAGUUGAGAGAAGAUUGCGUUCAGUCUCUAGAGGAGUAUCUGCAGGUGGUUCCGUCAGAAUUGGAGAUCAUCAAACAAGACUUUGAAAAAAGGAGUUCAGAAUGGGGAAAGAAGAUAGAACAGCUGGAAGAGGAGAAUAUGCGUUUGGGACUAGACGUCGAUGUCCACAAGCUAGAAGCCGAGAAACUAAGGAAGGGAAAGAACAAGGCUGAGGAGGAUUUUGACAGUGUAAAAACGGAUUAUAAGAAGUUGCGAUUGUCGAUGAGGACUGCCGACUUAAAAGCUCGGGUGGCGGAGCUGGAAAAGUCACUUAACCUAUACCGUGGUCGCAACUCCACGAUCAAACUAAGAGCGAGCUUAAAUAAGAUCGAAGAACUAAAAGGAAAGAUAGAAGAGCUUGAGGACGCAUUGUACAAUUCUGAACUGCGAGUGGAGCUUCUUGAAAGGCAUAACGAACAGUACCAAGAGCAGUUCCAUCCUGCCCAAAAUCAGAUUAGAGAUAGAGAUUACAUUAUGGGACAAGUCAUUACUCAAGUACGAGAAGUAGCCGAUCAUCCGCAAACCUUAGCAGUUCAAGGCGAUGUGCUAAGUUUAAGUUAUGAAUUAGAAUCAAGCCGAGGUCGAGAGUUGGCUCAGCUCCUUAGGAGUGUUAAAACUUUGAGUAUAAGGGCAAAGCCGUAUAUGUAG